UUUAACUUGACCAUCUCUUCUAGAGGUCUUGAUGGGUAAACAGCCUCUGACAAUCACCGUUGCCGUCGUUCUUUUCUCGUGGGUUAAAAUUGAGUCGGAUCUGAAAGAUAAAAGCCACUCUCCACACUCAAGUGAGAGCAGUCUUGGAGGAAGUAUGCUCGGAUCCACACACCUGAGUUUGGUUGUCUUGGUCCAGGGGAGUUUGAUCCUUCUGCUCUUGUUCCAAUGCCAGGACCAAGUCCAAGCUCAGGGCGUGGGCGAAGAUGGUGGUGAGUACUACGGUACACAGCUGCCUAGGUCCUUUGGGAGUGCCCACAAGUUCGAGCCUUUACCGGGUAUAGCCGUGUGCGGGCAUUGCCGAUGGGAGGUCAAGCUAGACACAGUCUACAAUCGAAUUCCGCAAAACAUAUCGGAGAUCUUGUGCCGCGAUCCUUCAGAAACUUGUGGCGGCAACACAAACUAUGCUUGUCAGUCUAUUUCGGCCAAGAUGUUGGUGGCCUAUGUGGAUCCCUCCGUGGAUGAUUUUUUGACAUAUCAAAAUAAAACCGUAUCCGUUGCUUGCGCCUGUGUGAAUAAAGGCCAGAUAUUCUUCUCCAAUUUCGCGAGACCCCCAUCUGAAAAGAAACGAGGCAUCAUGUGACAAGCUUAAUGAGCUCUUCACCAAGAACAACGGCAACAACUACCUACAACUACGACCAAGAUGAUCAUGACCACUUAUUCCCACUUCCGUAACAAAGGUAUUGUCAACCUUACAAAUGUUACCUGCCGAACGGCAACAACCACAUCAUUAGCUCCAACAACAAGGUUACCUUCCCACCGUGAAAUAUGGACCAUUGAUCUGAUCAUUCCAACAAUUAAGCAAGAAUACCAAGUGUGGCGAAGCAGAAACGAAAAGAUGUUCUCUCAUCCCCCAAUUCGCAGAGCUCCAUUGGCUUAUCCCUUCGUUCAGAAAUAGUGAUCUCAUUUUGUGACGAUUAUCUUGUUCAUUGUUUUGCCAGUCCUAUUUAAUAGCCACUUAUUCAUUUCCAAAUUCAUUCAUACGAGAGUCUCUUCAACUGAAAAUAAUAAAACAUUCUUAGAUUACGCAAAUCAUAUCAAAAAGGCUCUUCCGUUGAGUUACACCUUGAACUUCA